UUCCCCUUCCCGCCAUGGUUUCCCUCCACUGCUCGCGCCGUCCCGCUCCCAUUCCGUAUUAAAUCUCCUACCCGUCCCCCGCCAAUCCUCCCAGACCGCGCGCGUUCACACCUCCCCGGCGCAAAAACCCGCGACGAAGCUCUCCCCCGCGCCUCCGUACCGGCCAUGGACCGCCGCGCCCGCGCCGCCCCGCGCAGAGAGGAGGAGCGCCCGAGCCACGGCCGGUUCCUCCGCCCCGGCGCGCUCGCGCGGCUCCGGGACUCCAGGAUCGUCGCCCGCUCCCUCCGGUCGGCGGCGGCGGCGCGCCUCUCGCUCCCGUCCGCCCCUCCGUCCCCCGCGCCGGCGGAGCCGCAGCAGCAGCGGCAAGACGCCGUGCCGCACUUCCUGGCGGGGUCCACGAGGGGCAUGUGCGGCGUGGGGCGGUACCCGCUCAGGCGGAGGAUGGCCGCGGCCAGGUGCGUGGUGUUCCUGCCGCCGGCGCCGUCGCCGGAGGCGUUCUGGGAACCGUCGUCGGAUCUCAUCUUCUGACAGCCUGGCUAGCAACCGGAAUUAGCUUGGGGACGUGCGUCUAGAUUCGUGUUUCCAGAUCUCUGUGCAGAUGGUUUUGCUGGUCCGGCAGGUUGGGGCUGAUGAGUAGAUCUGCUGCUGUUCCGAUCUGAUGUCGUGUAUUACUGGUGUUGUAAUUGAUCCAAACUUAUAAGUUUGUGAA